AUGUUGCCCAACGACAUUGCGGCCCUGAUCGGUUUUGCCUGCGAGGCGGCCCUAUGGGGCAUGUAUGUUAUUCUCUUUGGAAUAUCCAUGGUGCUUUUCCUGCUUCGCUCGACCCGGGGGACUCAGUCAAGUUACACGCUCGCCGUCGCAAGCACGGUCUUGUUUCUCGCUUGUACCGGCCAUUUUGCGAUUGAAUUUAACCAUUUCUACACUGUCCUGUGGGCCACAGGUGUGGACGGAUUCUCGAGCGAAACAACUCCUUUGAUUGGUGCCGACCUCCUCAUAUCCACGUGCGACUUACUUGGGGACUUCAUCCUUCUUUAUCGCUGCUGGAUGGUAUGGGGUCGGAACUGGUACAUCAUUCUACUUCCCAGUAUGACAGCGAUCGCUGGUUUUGCUUGUAUCGCCCAGGCCAUUCACUUCAUUAUCACCACCAACUCUACCGCAUCAGUACCGCCACCCGCAAUUGUCCCUCUCACGACAGCGAGCUACGCGCUCCCCCUUUGCACGAACGCGAUGACCACCGGCCUCAUUGUGUUCCACAUCUGGCGCUUCACCAGCCGGUACAAGGACGAAAACGGUGAAACGCUGAGUCUCCCGAGCACCGCCCGGCUCGCACGCACGGCUUCAGGCAUCAUCAUCGAGAGCGGGGUGCUCUACCUCGUCGCGCAGCUCACGCUUGUCGUUCUCGUCAGCAUCAAGCAUCCCGCGGAGGCGAUCGUUGCCGUCGGGGCGGUCCAAAUCUACGGAAUCGCACCGACCCUCAUCAUCAUCCGGGUCGGCCUCGGACGUGCGUUUCCUGCCAGCAAGGCGUCGGCGGCGUCGACGACGACACCAUUUGAAAGGAUCUGGGCGGCACGGCGAGGGGAAGGACUCACAAUGACUACGUUCACAUCGACGAUGGAAGACACGACCCAUUCCGGAGAUGCUACAGACGGGAAGGGGAGCCACAUCCAACUUGACCUCUCACGCGGAGCUGAAUCGUCGUCGAAUGUUGGCAGUGUGUUGAAGUCGGGCAGUAACCGUGUUGAGUUUACGACGGCAUGA